CAGAGGUGGGCCUGAUCCAGGAGAGGGAUUUGUUAUCUUGCUCAUUUCCUGAUGGAGUCGUACAGAGUCAAUCAACCGGCCCGCUCUUCCAGGCCUCACAAUGGAGCUGGCUCCUAUGGCCUCAGCAUUAGGGUCCAGGGGAUUGAUGGACCCUACGUGGUGCUGAACAACCAGGACCGUGGGUCCAACUCCUAUACAGAUCCUAAUAGUAACGGCUACAAUGACACACAGGGCUCCUUUAUUGACAACUACCAUGAGUAUGACUUCAAAGGAAGCAGGGAGGCUGUUUCUGACAGCCCCUUUGUUGAGUACAGGUCCCAGAAACAGAUGCAGUUUGGGGGCUCUCACAAUGGAGUCACAGAGCAGGGGAAGAAGCCAGCGUCCACCCUGCUGAACUUCCAGAGACACCCAGAGAUCCUCAAGCCUUAUGACCCAGAGAACAACACCUUGAACCUGGACUGUAACCACAGCCUGCCUCCCCGGCCAAUGUCCCUGGCAGAGACUGGGAGCACCUACCAGGCUCUUCUCCCAGAUCCACCUCCCCAGUAUCUCAAUCCAAGCCUCAAGCCCAGCUGGCUCAGCCACAGUCUAAGACUCAGACCCAGGUGGCCCAGCCCCAGUCCAAACCAGUCUCAGCACCUGUCCAAACCCCAACCCCAGUCUCUGCCACAAUCCAAACCCCAGUCUCCACCCCAGUCUCAGUCUCCACCCCAGUCCCAGCUGCCCCAACGUGUCCCCAUACCCCAGCCCUAUUCUGUGUCCAGCCCUCCCAGUGAGCAGACUAAGGCUUCCUGCCGGUCCGCCAGCUCCAUUAGCAGUGCCAACUCUAGCCUGGAGCGCAGCCGCCAUGAGCCAGACAUCCUCCCCCUGCGCAGAGUUGACUCUAGCGGCCCCGUGCUGCAGUCCUCGUCCCGCUCCCGCCACUCCUCUACCUCCUCUACUGACCAGCUGGAGGCGCUGUACGCAGAUACCAUCAACCGCCACCAGAACCGACGCUACAUCCCCUUCCAACCCGGCACGGGCCGAGACAUCGACACAGGCUCCAUCCCCGGCGUGGACGAGCUCAUUGGCAAGUUUGACGGUAAGGAUGGUGGUCACCAGCGACGGGGCAGGGCAGGCCGCAGGAACAGGAUCACAGAGGACAGGAAGCGCUCUAGGAGUGUGGACAGCGCCCUUCCCUUUAGCCUCCAGGGAGAGUCGGAAUACAUGGAUGAGUUUAGCAAGAAUCAGGGGAGGUCCACGGAGCACGUCCUCCGCCCCUCACAGCUGCAUCUGCAGAAGGUGUCUGGGAGAAAAAACUCAUGGGUGACAGCGGUGGAGGGGAAGCCAAGUGCCAAAGCUUCGGCCUGUGGUAGCAGUGCUCCAGGCUCCCCUCAGAGCAUAACCUCUAAAGCAGCAGGCUCCAUCCAGGGGUAUAAGGUGGUGCUAAAUCGCUCCUCUACGUUACCCCUGGACAGUACAGAUGCUGAGGAUGGUCAAUCUUCACCAAACACAAAGAUUUUAACAAGUGUGGCUACAACCUCAAUAUCCAUCCCUUCCUCUAACUUUGGGCAAGAAGCCUAAUCAGAGAUGGAUGUGCAGGUGACACCUGAUCUUUUGAAAGGUCAGCAGGAGCUUUCACAACAAACACAUGAAGAGACGGCAAAACAGAUUUUGUUUAAUUACCUCAAGGAUGGGAGCACUGAUAAUGAGGACACCACCAAGAGGAAGGUCAACCUGGUGUUUGAGAAGAUACAGACAUUAAAGUCACGGGCGGCAGGGAGUGACAACAAAUCUCCUGACAUAGCUACCCAAGCCAAAGCCCUACAGGAACAGAGGGUGGCACUGGAGAAGGAUGUUGUUGAACUGAAAAAGCAGCUGGAGGAGCAAACCAAGAAGCAGAUGGGUCUUACUGAGGCCCAUGAAAAGGCCGGAGUGGGGGUGAAGGUCCUGCAGACGGAGCUGGAGAGGAGCCAGGAGGAAUGCUCCCGACUGAGGGACAAACUGGCCAAAACAGAGGCUGAGCUCCGCACCACACUGGAGGAGCUGUUCCAGGUGAAGAUGGAGAGGGAGCAGUACCAGACGGAGAUCAGGGACCUGCAGGACCAGCUGUCAGAGAUGCACGAUGAGCUGGAUGGCGCCAAGACGGUGGUGGCCGACGGAGAGAAGGAUGCCAUGAUGGAGGACCUGAUGCAAAUGAAGCUGGACUUACAGGAGGUGCUGCUGGCCAAGGAGGAGCAGGAGGAGGUGCUGAGGAGGAGGGAGAGGGAGCUGACUGCCCUGAAGGGAGCACUGAAGGAGGAGGUGGCCACACACGACCAGGAGGUGGAUAAACUGAGGGAGCAGUAUGAGAAGGAGAUCUGCAAGCUGCAGACGUCUGUGGAGAAGGCCAAACAG